AUGUUUCGAAGUGGAGCCGAGUCUCGAACGGGCGCUAGUGCCGGUGCUUCUUCGGGGACAACCCAGGGGACAUCGGGAGUUGCGAAAGGAGCCCCGGAUCCUGUUGACGAUUCGCCCGUGCACUGUCGAGUGCUCUUCGUUUAUAAUUCGCAUAAUGAAUGGCCACUCGAGCGACGUUUGGUGUGGAACGAGGUGUUGCCCGAGUUGCAGAAUUACGCUUUUCACUGUGGGAUCGAUCUCGAAAUGGCCGACACGCUCACCGAUCAACAAAAGGUGACAGCUCAAGUGCACCGGAACACGUUGAGAGCCAUGGAAGAUCCGAAUACGGUUGUUGUGUUGUUAAUCGGUGACAAAUAUGGAGACGGUGGAUUGCCGUUGGAGUUGCGAAAGGAGGAAUUCGACGCGAUUCGAGAGGCCGUUUUCGAGCACAAUCAAGAUGUGAAAUACCUGGAAAAGUAUUAUAUUUUGGAUCGAACGCGGAACCCGGAAGAGUAUCGAUUGAAAGCCGAUCUCGAUGAUCCGAAAGUUGUCAAGAAAUUGUUGGCAUUGAUGCAGAAAGGAGCGGAAACGGCUUUUCAAGAGGGUUCAAUCAAUCAAAUUGCCCCUCACCGUCAACAGCGCUUCUUCUGGUCUUUUCUUCAUUCAAUCCUCUACGAAUCGAAUCAAAUCGAUAAGCAUCGAGUGUGCUAUAUUUUGAGAAAAUUUGAAGGAGCCGUUCAAGACAAAAACAACGAGCCGAUAAAAAAUGAUCUCUCGGCACAAGUCGAUGCGGCUGCGGUACUGGCCUUCACUUUGCAAGCGGAUGGCGGCGAGGUGAAGAAUUUCUUCUCCGGGAGAGACGCUGAUAAAUAUAGGGACAAUUUCUCGAGACAGUUACUCGAAAGACUAAAGCAAUGCGUGAUGAAAUUCGCGCCCACUCGUCUCCCAUCGUCUUCCCUUCUUUCAAUAGCCAUUUACGAGAAUUUCACUCACAUUCGUCAUUUGAGAGACCGUUUGAAAAGACAAUGGCAACCAAGGAAAAGUAUUGAUGCAAAGAUUGAAGAACUCACAAAAGAUAUGUUGCCCGGCGCUUACAUGAUUCAAGGACCGGAGAUGUGCGGGAAAACGCAAACACUUUUGCGGAUAUUUGAGCUGACUGAGGAUAAAACCGCAUAUCGAAUAGUGCUCUUUACAGGUCUCACUUAUUCCUCAACAUUCGCUCACGAGCUCUGGCGAACGGUGUGCAUUCUGUUGUGCAAUCUCUCCGGCAAAGAUCCAAAGCCGUUGUUCUCGGUUUUCAAAUUCUCCGAUCUUAUCACCCAAUUACAUUCUCUUUUGGAGAAACUGGAUCGUCCUCUCUUUCUUUUCAUUGACGAUGUGCAUCAGAUCAAAUUUGGCCGCUUACUUUCCGUGAUGGAUCGACGACCGAAAAGUGCUCCAUCGAAUCUCGUGUUGUUUAUGACGGCGUCAAACGUUGGCACUGUAACACCAGUCUUUCUCACUUCACAAACCGUCAACCUCGAUCCACCAACUGAAGGAGAAAUCACGGAUAUCGUGAAGAAAAGACUAACGACGAAUAGUCGAAAGUUGUCGACGGAUCAAUUGGGAACAAUUAAACAAUAUUUAACUGGUGGCGAGAAGAAUGUAACUGUUGGAUUGAUGUUAGUUGAGGAGAUUCUAUUGAGAGGAAAUGGUGUGAUGAAAGGAGGGAUUGAGGGAAGGUUGGAAAGGAUCGAGGGAGAGCUGGGAGCCGCGCCGGUGACUUGUGUUUGCCGUUAUCUAUCGGUUUCAUCGCAUGGCUUGACUCGAUUAGAGCUCCAAGAUGUCCUCUCAGCCAAUCGCUCCCUUUUACAAACAAUCGGCUCACCCGUUUCUUUCCCUCCAUUUCUCCUCGACAGUAUUCUCGAAGCACUUGGCAGUCUACUCUCAACAAUAUAUAUAAACGGUCGGAUCAUCUAUCAUUUUAGCCAUAGCUCGAUUUGGAAUGUGGUCAGGCAUCGUUAUCUCACAGCCUCUACAGAAUUGAAAGCAGCGCAUGGGGAUUUAGCGGACAUUUUUGCCGAUUUGUUGACAGAAAUCGAUGGGAUCAGUCCGAGAGCGGCUCUCCAAUACCAAGUUUUCCCUCAAUUGCUUAAACGGGACAACGGAUCGAUCAAUAUGAGAAAAGUGCGAAAUCUUUGGUACCAUUUAUUGCACACAGGAAAUAUGGACGCAUUGAAAGAGUUGGCUUUGUGUCAAUUCGAUUACCUCGAUGCAACCGUUCGUUCUUGUGGCAUCUCCCAUUUACUCACAAUGUACGAGGAAUGCGUUCUACAAGUGCUACAUCAUGAUAUUCAGGUUCUUUGCGAGCAAGUUCUUUUACCAGCGCUUGAGACUGUGGUGAAAGAUAAUGAGCAAUUGGCGGCUGAGGUCAUCGGACGACUCAGAUAUACGAGAGCCGAGAACUCGCAUUUCUUGAACACAAUGGUAGAACAAGCGAUGGCUUGGGUUGACACCUAUUCAAAGCAACCCCUUCUCGUGCCACUCACCUGUUGGAUUCCGCCACCACAAAUGAAACAAGUUCUCUCGUUUCGACUAAAGGAUUGGAAAUCGGCUGUGACACUAGCUACUCCCACCGAGAAUCACCAGCACUUGCUGACCACCGGGAAUUUGAGCCAACCCGGACUCAUCUACAUGUACCACAUCGCAUCACAGAUUCUCAUUACGACUUUUAAAGGCCAUACAGCGACGGUGACUUCAUUGACGACGAGUCGAGACGGGAUCUUCUUCGUCAGCACUUCUCAUGACAAAACUGUCAGACAAUGGAGUUUUGCGAAUGGUGAAUGCUCGAGAGUGAUGAAACAUCAUACGGCGAAAGUGAUGUGCUCGAUUUUGAGCAGUGAUGAUAAGCUGCUGAUCACCGGGUCGGCGGACAGCUCGGCUAAGGUGAUCCUUGUCGAGAGUGGUGAAGUGGUGAGAAGCUUCGGGGAACACACAGGCAGUGUCGUCUCUCUACAAUUGACAAGCAAUGAUCAACUACUGAUAACUGGAUCGGGUGAUUUCGUGGUCCAAGUGUGGGAUAUGCAUUCGGGGAGGCUCGUCAACAGAAUGGGCGGAUUGAUGGCACCGGUCACUUGUAUUGCUAUCACGAGCAAUGACGCUUUUGUGGCAGUGGCUUGUGAGGAUGAGACGUUGAGGAUAUUCGGUACAGUGAACUGUCAAGAAUUGCACGAGCUGAGCGGACAUGAAAGCAAGGUAAACGCUCUAGCCUGUGCCAAUGACGAUUGUCAACUGUAUGCAGCCACAAAAUCAAAGAUCUAUUGCUAUGAUUUGCACACGGGACAGAUUGUGGAAAUAAUGGAUUGUGAGGAGAAGUCGCCGGUCACUUCACUCAAAAUCACAUCGGACAACUAUUUCCUGAUCUCCGGUUGCGGGUGUGCUAUUUCGGUGUGGAAUGUUCGAGAAAGAAUCCAUGAUAGUGUCGAUGCUCUACAAGCAGAUGAAGAGGGUUUUGUGACAGCGAUUGCGAUGAGUAAUGAUGAAAAGAUCGCCGCAUGUGGAACGCAUAAUGGAAUCGUGGCUCUAUGGGAUUUGGAUAUUUGCCAGUGCAUUACAACUGUUGUUCAAAACAAGAAUGUCUCAAUUUCGGCCAUUGCUUUCACUAUCGAUUCUUCAUGUCUACUGUCAGCUAAUAAGGAUGGCCACAUUUUGGUGCUUGACUCGGCUCAUGGGAAUGUGUUGAGAAAUUGCAAUUAUCAUCAAACAGAAGUGAUCUCGAUUUGUUGUUUGGAGAAUGGACGAGCGGUCACGUGUGAUAAGUCGGGAUUGCUUAAGAUGUGGGACGUGUUUGCUGAUGAGGGUGAAAGUGAAGAACUAUCAGCAAAUGGUGUACUUCCGCCAAUCUACGUGCCCCCUUCAGGAAGGAUAAUGAUUGGACAUGUGCCGAACACGAAAAAAGAGAUGAAGAUUUGGACUUUUGGGGACAACGCGUUGGCAAUCAAGAAUAAGGUUCAACACAACGAGGAGAUCACUUGCUUCUGUGCCACAUCAAUGGGAUCACUUGUGGUCACCGGAUCGACUGAUCAAUCGUUGAAAAUCUGGCAAAUCGACUCCGGGUUUCUCACGCAGGUAUUGGUCGGUCACGAAGAUGUGGUUACAUGCUGUGCUUUAUCCGACGAUGAACACGUUGUCGUAUCUGGCGCUCGAGAUCACAAGGUGGUUUUGUGGUCGGUGCAGACGGGUGACCCGAUGAGGACCGUUUUGACGGGAAGUGCAGUCACGGCUGUGGCGAUUACAGCUGAUGGAUCGGUUGCCUUUUCGGCCGAUGAAGCCGGAUGGAUUGAGGCGUGGUUUGUUGAUAAAGGGACGCUUUUAUCGUCGUUCAACGCACAUAGACCGAUCAAAUCACUGAGUCGAUCAUUUGAUGCAAAUCGAGUGAUCGCGCAUCUCUUGAAAUGUGCUCAACUUCCGAUUCUCUGUCUCCACAACACACCGGCGGGUCCGCACCUCGCGAAAGAGAGACGACGAAGUGCGCGAGCACAUUCGAUUAGCAGUGUCGGAAGCAAUUUGAGCGAAUCGAAGAAAGACUCAAUGGCCAACAUUGUCGUGCCAAGUACAAGCAAUGGCUCCACCACGCCGAAGCCCAUUCCGCCAAGGCCAACUUUCGAUAAACUGGAAAGAUCAAAAUCCCGAACUUCACUUGUCGAAAAGGAUCGAAGCACCGCAUUGCCCGCUCAGGUGGCCGCUCCAGCUCAAAAAUCGAAAAUUUGCAUGUAUAACGAAGAAAGAACAGACGAAGAGCCUUAUUUAUUUGUCGAUAUUUCUCUCUUUUUUAUUCAUUCGUUACUUCGCCCCUCUUCGAUUUCGUCGGGUAUCACGAUGAACCUCUGGACAAAUCAGACUCUAGCAUGGUAUGACUUCUUCACACCAUUCGUCGCUUUUCUUUGGUAUUUGUUCAUCACGUGGUUCUUGAGCAUCACUAUCAUCCAGAAUUUCUUCAUCGGUGACACGCCUCCCAAACAGCCACCGUUCGGCACUUGUUGCGGCUGUUGCAACUUCGGUGCUCGCAUUCGUCAUCUUGUCAGCAAGAAUCAACAAUCGCUGAAGGGAGAGCAA